GCAAUGAUGGACCCUUCUGCAAAAGUGUAUCGCCGCAUCAACAUAAAUCAUUAUGCCACUAAGAAGACUGCUGCUCAGAGUAUGCUAGACGUUGCCUUACUGAUGGCCAACUCGUCCCAGCUGAAGACUGUUCUCUACGUGGGGCCGCAUUACCAAUUCUACAUCCCCCUCAUCGUCCUGCUGUCUCUGUCCAUCACAUUACAGGUCAUAGUGGGGCUGCUGCUCGUCUUUCUUGGCAAGUGAAACUUUUUGCAUCUCCCCAUUGUUAUUAGUCUACUUGCCAGCAAUAUGAACCCAGAAAUGUUAAGUACCCUACAUUUUCUGGGGGGUUAUUAUUAUUAUUCAAAGUACAAAAUGAGCUUUUAAACUGGAAGUAGGCUGAUUUUGAUUAUUUCUAGUUGAUUUUGAGGUUAUUUAUAUGCUUAAUAUAUUGGAUCUGCAAUUUAGAAUCAUGAAAGGUUGAUGUCAUUGGUGUGAAUUUUCAGACGUAAUAUUUCUCCAAAUUUCUUCUUCUUGCUGUGUAGCAUUUUUUUCAUUGACCUGAGUAUUUGCUGCUGUGGUGUAUUAAGCAUAAUUGUACAAGCAUAAACAAUUCUUGUACAAUUAUGACAGUUAUUAUAGACAGACAGUUUGUAUUUUGAAAUUGGGGGUUAUUUUCCUCAAUAACUACGCCUAUAUUGUCCAAAUUGUCCAAGCAGUUGCUGAAAUAUUGUCCAUGUAGGUAAUUAUGCUUAUUAAUGCUAAUUAUGCUAAUUGCCCAACAUAGUCAAGUUAGCAUCCAGCAGUUUCUAAAUGCUGGGUAUCCUUACCCUACAUUUCAUAAAACAAAACAUUUGGGGUUGUCAACAUUUCCGGGUUCACAAAACGGCUCUGUUGGCUGGCAAACAAAUUCUACUGUUCCUCCUUCUCCAUCUUUCUUUCACCUUAAAUACAUACAUUUUGAUAUUGGAAUCUUCAUGUAGGAUACAAAUAGUUUUACUGAUGAUUCGAUGAAUCAAGAGAAUUCAAUCAAACUUUAGAACAAACUAAAGCCUCAAGCGUCUGCCUUACUGUGUCAUGCUUUCCUUCCUAGCGUUUUGCAUAAACUAAUGCAUUCGAAGCUGUAAGAUGAUGAAGUCAGCAUAAAAGAAUAGUUAGACAUUUUGGAAACUAUGCUUAAUUGCUUUCUUGCUGUGAAUUACUUGAGAAGAUACCAUUGUCAUGUUUUUAGGGUAAAUACGAAGCUAGAACCAGCAACUGGUUGGCUCAAUGAACUGCACUUUCAUGGCACUUUUCCACUUGCCCAUAGGUAGAGUCAUGCCCAAGGACCCUUUAUGUGGACAGGAGGAGCUGGGGAUCAAACUGCCAAUUCAGUGACUAGUUACAAAAUCUGCCUACCAGCACCUCUAAAGCUCACUGGUCAACACAUUAUUUCUCCUGCAUCCAGGAAAAAAACCUCUAAAAUCUAAACUUAUGUUUUUAGGCAAAGGAAAAACAAACGAGAUAUAACAUGUUAAUUAGUGAGCUUUAGAAGUGUUUGUAGGUGGAUUUUGUUACCUUGAGACAGACCUUUGGCUAACUGCUCCCCAUUUCCAGUUUUUAUGUUAAGCAAAUAGGCUGUAGUUUUAGUCUUAAACAUGAGAGAGGUAUCAAUCUUCUCAUCUCAUUCAUCAGAUGAGAAGAUGUGGCUCAGAGGAAGAGCGGGUCGUCCAGACUGUUCCUUUAACCCCUUAUUACACUUCUAUUACCCAUACCUCACAUAUUGCUAAUUACUUUUCUUUUGGGUAUGGCAAAUUCUUACAAAUGCCAUUAAAAGCACUAGGAGGAGCCAGAGGAACCAGAUUUUAUCAGAUUAUUUGUCUUGUUUACGUCAGGAUAGAGUGAAAGUUUCAGCAAAUAUGACAAAAGGUUAUUUUAAUAAAAGUUACCUACUGCAGCUUUAAAUUGAAGUUUCAAAGUUUCUAUUGUACUUUCCUUCCCCUAUGUAUCUUUUUCUGUCUCUUUUUCUCAUCAGCUUUUUAUGUAGCUAAUUUUGUUUUUGUGGUUGUGCGAUUCUAUGCAGUAAAGUAUGAUCUGAACGACGUGAGGAAACACGCCAAGUUGAACAGAAUAAACAAUGUAACAACAGUCUUUGUCUUCUUCACCGUCCUCAUCAACAUCUUCAUCACAGCGCUUGGAUUUGAGGGACAUUCUGUCAGGUCACUAGCGUCCCCUGUGAUUCCUGAGCCUCAGUUUUCACCUUUGCCCACCGACCUGAACAUGACUGGUGGCCUCUAGAGCAGUCUCUGGACAUAAAUAAGACAUUGACUUGUUCACCUGUUAUCUCAAAGCAUUUAAACGGUUGUGGUCGGACAGCUGCCUUUUUGUAAAUUCUGUAUCAGCUGGAACUAUGAGUCAUAGGCAAAAAUUCACCAGUAACAAACCUUUGAUUACUGAAUGACUUUAAUGGAUCUGCCAUCAAACUAGUGCUGUGAAGCUUUUGUGGAUCCAGGCUGAGAUCCAUCACCCAGUAAACCCCCAACCUCAGUGAUCAUCCACCACAACCUCCACUCAGGAUCACAGCUGAUAGAUUAACAACCAGAAACUUCAGUUUGAAUACAUGACCACUGCCUCAUCCUCCUUCAGGUACAGGUGACUCCACUGCAGUGGGCUGACCCCUGCAGUGUUGAGCCAAUCAGUCACUAAAUGCACAGAAUUUUCUUUUUUUUUGCCAAACUAUUUAAAACUUCUAUAUUGUAAAUAUAAUAGUACUUUUUAUUGUUUCUGUUCAAAUGUUAGAUUGGUGGAAUUGUGCUCAUUUUGUAACUAAAUAAAUAAAAAAAUUACUUAUAUCAGUGGAGAAUUUGAUGGUGUUGUGUGUUUGGAAACAUGUCUCUUGCCAAUUAAUAUUUAAAGGACCAGUGUGUAGGAUUUAGUGGCAUCAAGUGGUGAACUUGCAGAUUGCAACCAACCGAAUACAGUUUGCCCUUAAAGCGUGUAGGAAAAUCUACAGUACCUUCAAAAAUGUAUUAACACACAUUGACAGCAGCCUUUGGUUUUUGACUGGACAUGAUGUGGGGGACAGCUUGGAAAUAUGAAAGGGGCUCAGUUCAUGAAUCUGUGGUCCUACAUGAUGCCAUCAUGUACAUUGCACAAAUAAGAACAAAUUAAACACUGUAUGUUAGAGAACUGCUGCAUGAAGCAAAUCAAAUACCCAAACUCUGCAUAGCUGAAAAACAUAGUGUAACAUUUCACGCAAGAAAGUGAUGGAAUUAAAAGAGAGGGCUAGUGUUGUUCUUUAUUUUUCUUACCAUCAACAAAAUCCUGUGAAAAGACCAAAACCAUGAACCAUGAGUUAGACUCUUCUCAAUACUUUCUGACCUUUGUAUUCUGUGUGCGGCUCUCAGCCCCAGGCCCUCG